AUGCUUGGAUAUGAGUUAACUUCUGCGGACCGAUCAAAAGUCGAUAAAAAACAUUUAUGCCCUAAAUGCGAGGGUCUUCUUAGAGAAGCUGUUCAAACAAUAGCGUGUGGUCAUAGGUACUGUAAGACAUGCGUGGAAACAAUCCUUAGGUAAGUACGUUAGGUCUUGGCAUUGUCUUAGGCAGCCUGAAAUAUGCAACUCUUAAAGAAAGUAGUUUAAUAUACUGUAGUACAUGACUGAUAUAAUAUAGAAUGGCUACAAAUUCUGUAGAUAGUUGCGAGGCAAAUGUGGUGCAGAUAAAUGAGGUAGCUUACUUCAAGCCCCAGGUUGUUCAAAAGGUGAAUAAUUCUAUCCACUGGAUAAAUAACCUUCCAGUGGACAAAGGAAUUUUAAGUUUUCUUAAUAUAUACUUAUCUAGCGGAUGGUGAUUUAUCUGGUGGAUAGCGCUACCCAACGUUUGAACAACUGGGGCCAGAAGCGCCGUUUCUCGAAGGGUCCCGUAACUUUCCUGGCCCAAAAGCAAACUUUGAAAUCAAAACCUGUUGAAUAGUAUCACAGUACCUAACUCACAAACUGUUCAGUUUUUGCUUCGUUGACUCAUAGUGUCGGCAAACCGACAACACGGCUUUUGGGGCGCUAAAAGAUACCGGAACUUUCGAAAAACGGAAGCCAUGCCAGGUGAUAAUACAUUUACUACAGUUAACUAGCAAAUGAUAAUCUGAUACAUUCCAGGUAAUUACAAUGUAAAUAUUCUUCUUAUUACUGGUUGAUACACACUGAUCCCUGUCCCUAAUACAUUUACAGGCAAGAAGUUGGAAAGUGCAUCAUCGAUGGAUCAGAUAUUCAUAGAGAACAGGUUGCCUUUUUAUCGAUAAUGAAAUUUGGCGUUAGUGAAAUCUUCUAAAUACAUACUACGGCGGUCUGAAACAUGACACAGCCCCGUUUUAGUCUGCGUACCUUUAACCGCUCGCCACCCAGUUGCGAUUCUGCAUCGUCAUUCCACCCUCAACCCGCCCCACCCCAUUUCGAUCCUUUUACUUUUCUUUAGCUCAGUUAGAAGAGCGUUGAAAUUCUAAGCGGGAGGCCCCGGGCUCAAACCCCGGCGGGACCAAGAACCAAAGGUCUUUGAAUAAUUGUAAGAUCAUGUCUCCGUUUGGGUGAUCACGUCUUUGGGCGGUGACAUCCUUCUUUCUCAAGUUAAUUCGAGGGGAACGCAAAACCACACUCUUGUUCGAAAAGAGUAGGGGCAGUCUCUGUGUUGCUGUCGUCCACCUCUACCGUCAUAUCACUUGCCACAUAUAUCAUACGGAAAGCUCAUAAAUGGACCGAUGGAGGACGUCAGUGGUGCCAUAUUACGCUGACGUCCUAUUAUACUGUUAAUAUAGAGUCAUUUACCGCAAACGGCAAAACGUCAAUUUGAACCACGUGACCAAGAUUUUGUUAUUUACUGUUCAACUUAUCUACCCAUAAAAAAGUAGUUUCAUGUCACGUUCAUCCACAAAAAGUAUUUUGAACAAUUUUUGUCUUCUCAUUUUCUAAUUUGAGAAAUUUUCAACUUGAAUCUGAGGUUUGAGGUUUGUCGUAAACCUGAUUCUAAUCCCUGUAGAUGUAAUAAAUCAGAGGUCACAUAAUGUUGUCUUAUCCGCCACCUUCGACGUUAUUUGUCAUCCUUUUUGUUUACUCUGCAUGCCUAUGGGUCAAGUAGAAACUGUCAUUUUCCUGUAGCAAUACUUUGUUUCGUAUCACUCUGCAGGUAUUUUUGGACCGCUUUGUCGAGCGUGAGAUACAGUCACUGUUGGUCCAUUGCAUUCAUCAAGAAGAAGGAUGUGAUUGGAAAGACGAGCUUAGAAAACGAGAGGUAACAACUAAGCUUCUAUAUGAUGUUCAAAUGAGUCAUGAUUUAUACCCACUUCCAGCCCUACCGACAAGAGCGGUCCCAGUCGGGUUAAUCUGUAGCCGUGAAACACUCAAAAGCGCUCACUCGUGAGGCAAAAAAUAUAUUGAAAUAUUUUUACCGUACAGCUUGUCAUCUUGUCAUGAAAGUGCCUAGAUCGCUUUAAGAGAUUUUUUGUCUUGUCUUGCGGCUAUCGUUUCUAUUAUGGUGCUAAACAGACCACCUAUCUCAACCAUAGGCUUUACUGUUCAGAUAGACCUUCUAUGAUGCCCAUGCUUGUAUCAGCUGGAUUAUCUACGAAAUACGUAGAGAUGUAGAUAUAAUAGACGAGAUAAAGUGGUUUUCAAUUAGGUCGAAGUAGUAUAGGACGCAAGAUUUACCUACGUGUUUUAUCCUCGCGUUUAAGAACAUUAUCGGAGUAAAGCAAUCUUCAGUUUGGUCAAAGAAGUAUGGGGCGAACGAUUUAAUCCUUGUUUUGGGGCAGAAAUCUUAUCAACGUGUGUCAGAAUAUUAUCGGAAUAAAGCGAUUUUCAAUUUGGCUUUAGUGCAUUUAUUAUAGUCCCUUUUCAACAUGCUAAUGAAGUCUCAGCCAAUACAAAACAAAGUUAUUUUAAUCACGCGUCUUUCUUUUCUCGGUAUUGGCAACAAAACAUUUCCUCUGCGUUCCAGAUUAUAGUUUUUUUCUGGUUUUACAAUGAUCCGAGCUGGACAGUUACCGAUUCUGCAAUACAAUUCUUCGCGUAUUGUUUUAAAUUAUCGUUAUUAUUGCCUCGUUCAUUAUUUCCAUAAUUGUCAAUUACGUGUUCUCGUAUGUUAGGAUCACGAGGCUGUGUGUGAGUACGUUCAAGUUCCAUGCGUACAUUCAGGAUGCGGUGAACUGGUGACUAGAGCAAACCUGGUAGAGCAUCUUGAGAAGUGGUGUCAAUUCAGAAUGGAAAAAUGUGACCACUGCCAAACUCUUAUUGAGUUUGCAUUUUUGGAGGUAAGAAUAACUCUACUGAAAUUCGGCUGUUUACCUUUAAGCUCUCGUCAUUUGGAACAGGAUCCUUAAGUAAUUUAAUACUUAACGUACUUUUACACCUUCCUUUACAACAAUAAAUUUCUCACGCUCAUUGACUCUUUGGAAAUUUCUUUACGCCUCUGAGCUCCUACGGUCUCAAAUCGCCAGAAAUCGGUGGUAGUAAAAGGUCUCAUAAACAUGAGAGCCUUCUACCUACAUUAAUGGUCUCCAUUUAAAACCUGGUAGGCCCGGAGAGUAUGUUCACAGCGAUCCCUAACUCGAUGACUAAUGCAUAAUUCAUUUGCACAGGAGCACCAAGAAUCUCAGUGUCCCUUCACCCCUGUGACUUGCACAGAAUGUGGGAAAAAGGACAUACCUCGUUCUCAAGUGAGUAUGCUCCGAGAGGUUUUCUUCUUCCUGGUGUUCUGCUUUGUUUUUACACACUCCUCGAAAUAAUGAUUGCAGAUUCAAAUUUGAUCUGCAACGCACGCGUAAAUGUGUAAAUGGGUUCUUACCAGCUAGCUCCUAGACAGUAACACUGGAAUAAUACGUUUGAGACGUGAUGUUGGCUUCCAUCUUUCUUACUCAGAUGCGUGCCCAUAUUGAUCUGGUAAAUGGAGACUGUGAAGAAAUACAAUCAAGUUGUCCAUGGACGCAAAUUGGAUGCCCUGAGACUAAGGUAUGCAAAUACUUAAGAUUACUUAAGUUAGGAGAGGAUUGCAUAUUAAAGGGGCCAACGUUAAAAACAAAUGACAAUCAGGGUCGGUUUUUUCUUGAAUGGUCAGCUCACUUAAGGAGAUGCCAAGAUUUUCCCUCUCCCUCUCCCCAGAGGCAGAUCAGACUACUUGUUUGUAAACAAGAAUGGUGCGUAGUUGGGCGUGAGGGAGUCUACUAGGGAAUACUCAUACUGAAGGAGAUAUGUCCAGGAUAGAUCUUGUUGGCAAAAAUUUGCUAGCAAAUGUUUUUCGCAAUUGUCGCAAAAGAAAUAAUUGAGAAAAAAUUAUGUCAGAAAAUCACCAACAAAUAUCGCAAAAAUCGCAAAAGUAACAAGGAUUUUUCUAGCCGGCUUAAAACACCCGUGACAAAUAUCGCAAAAACCGCAAAAAAAACAAAUGUAACAAAAUUCCAGACUUAGAAAGCAAAGAAGCCAAGAAGGACCCGAAAUGUCUGCAAAUAUCGCAAAAGUCGCAAAAGUAAAAAGGAUUUUUCUUGCUAGCUAAAACACCCCUGACAAAUAUCGCAAAAAUCGCAAAAAUAACAAAUUUAACAAAAUUCUAGACUUGGAAAGAAAAAAAGCCAAGAAGGGCCCCGAAAUGUCCGCAAAUAUCGCAAAAGUAACAAGGUUUUUUCUUGCGAGCUGAAAACACCCGUGACAAAUAUCGCAAAAAUCGCGAAAAUAAAAAAAUUUAGCAAAAUUCUAGACUUAGAAAAAAGAAGAAACCAACAAGGGGUCCAAAAUGUCCGCGAAUAUCGCAAAAAUAGCAAAAGUAACAAGGAUUUGAUUUGGGUCAGACUGUAUCUGUGACAAUGUAAUUUUCAUUUUUUGGGUUGUUUGUAGCUUCAAACGUCCACAAAGGGUAUUUCUUAAAUCAGAGGUUGUAAGUGAACCAAUCAUCUUAGGACAUUUUGUAUUUGUAUGGCCUAGGUCUUUUGGUCUCUUUUCUCGGUGGCUUUGUUAUUUUUGUUCAUGAUUCAUGAGUAAUAGAACGAAGGACACAUAAUUGCACAGCAACAUUCAUGUCUAAUGCCUGUUUUCUUUCCCUCAAUGUGCUAUUCUUGAUAUUUUGAACGAUGGUUGCGGUGGGUUCUUGAGCAUGAAAGUUCUGCUACCACCCCCUUUUAUUGCUUAAAAUUUGCCCCCUUCUGUGGGCGGCACUCCUUUUUAUGCAUUGUAGCUGGAAGAACGAAGCAUACACAGAUUGAUAUUACAGUAUUUUGGUACUGUCAGUAAUUAUAAAUAGUGUCACGUUUGUAACUGAUGAUUUUAUUUUCGCGAAAAUGGAACGCAUUACAAAAUUACUGGACAAGAACGUUGCGAAAUUUGCGGACAUCUCGAAGCCCUUCUUGACCUUUCCUCUUUCCAAGUGUAGAAUUUUGUGAAAUUUGUUAUUCUUGCAAUUUUUGCCAUAUUUGUUGCUCAGUCUUUUCACAUAGUAAGAAAAAUCUUGUUACUUUUGCGAUUUUUGCGAAAUUUGCGGACAUCUCGAAGCCCUUCUUGACCUUUUCUCUUUCUAAGUGAAGCAUUUCGUUAAAUUUGUUAUUCUUGCUAUUUUUGCCAUAUUUGUUGCUCAAUCUUUUCACAUAGCAAGAAAAAUCCUUGUUACUUUUGCAAUUUUUGCGAUAUUUGGGGACAUUUCGGGGCCCUUCUUGGCUUCCUUUUUUUUCUAAGUCUGGAAUUUUGUUACAUUUGUUAUUUUUGCGAUAUUUGCGAUAUUUGUCAUGGGUGUUUAAAGCUAGCAUGAAAAAUCCUUGUUACUUUUGCGAUUUUUGCGAUAUUUGGGGACAUUUCGGGGCCCUUCUUGGCUUCUUGUCUUUGUAAGUCUGGAAUUUUGUUACAUUUGGUAUCUUUGCGAUAUUUGCGAUAUUUGUCGUGGGAGUUUUUAGCUAACAUGAAAAAUCCUUGUUACUUUUGCGAUUUUUGCGAUAUUUGCGGACAUUUCAGGGCCCUUCUUGGCUUCUUCUGGUUCCAAGUCUUGAUUCUUGUUAGAUUUCUUAUUUUUGCGAUUUUUGCGAUAUUUGUCACGGGUGUUUUUAGCUAGCAAAAAAAUCCUUGUUACUUUUGCGAUUAUGCGAUAUUUGCGGACAUUUCGGGGCCUUUCUUGGCUUCUUCUGUUUCCAAGUCUUGAUUCUUUUUAGAUUUGUUAUUUUUGCGAUUUUUGCGAUGUUUGUCACGGGCGUUUUCAGCUAGCAAGAAAAAUCCUUGUUACUUUUGCGAUAUUUGCGGACAUUUCGGGGUCCUUCUUGGUUUCUUGGUCCCUCUUGAUUCUUGUUAGACUUGUUAUUUUUGCGAUUUUUGCGAUAUUUGUAAGUGACUUUCUUACACAAUUUUUUCUCAAUUAUUUCUUUUGCGACAAUUGCGAAAGCAAUUUGCUAGCAAAUUUUUGCUAACAAGAUCGAUCCUGGACAUAAGUGUACUGAAGAGUCCUUAGAUUGUGCAGGUAAGAGAAGAAAAGACGUCUCCAGAAAGCUCAAGCUGAGUGGUGAUCAAGGUGGCAUGAGCCACUAUUGAAUCCACUUGAAGUUUGAUUGAUUAUAUUCUCCAAGUCAGCAAUCAUUUGGUAAUCUGUGGGUGGGCUGCGUGUUUAUUAACGAUUCUCAGCCUUAAUAAACUAUGUCGUUUUCGUUUUCUUUAGACUAUGAAACUGCAAGAAAGACGGAAGCAUGAAGAGGACAAUGCUUCCGGUCAUCUGAUGCUCCUUUUUCAAACCGUAAUGCAGCUCUUCUCGAUGGUUAGUAGGACCAUGCGCGACUCUGGUCAAUUGUCAAUGAAUGGCGUAAACCUACCAAAACAGAAAGAUCUGGAACGCUAUGCUAAACAAGUUGAGAAUACGCUGAAAGAGAAUGAAGACUUAAAAUCAAAACUGGCACAACAAGAAGAAAGAAUACGGCAACUGGAAAGUUCUAGACAGAAUAGCUCAAACUCAGCAUCAGCAUUUGAUUCAACGUUUGUCAAGGAGCUUUUACAGAGGUUAACUACAGAAGAAGGAAAGACGGCCAAUCUCGAGCUUUUGCUCGUUGAAGCAAACAGAUUAAGCGAAGAACUUCAGAGAAAGGUGUCUACCGUAGCCAGGCAACAGGAGUCUUCCAAUGGAACAACUGAUCGGCUACAAAGACAGUUCGAGUCCAUGAGUCACUCACUAGCACUUCGUAAUGUUAUGCUGACAGAUUUGGACGAAUCUGUGAGGCAGCAGGAAGUCUCCAGUCACGAUGGAAUCUUGCUUUGGAAAAUCACCGAGUUCGCUAAAAAACGCCAAGACGCCGUCUCCGGGCAACAGACAUCAUUUUACAGCCCGUGCUUCUUUACCAGUCGCUAUGGAUACAAGAUGUGCGCGUGCAUCUAUUUGAAUGGUGAUGGUAUUGGAAGAGGGACACACAUCUCGGUAUUCUUUGUUGUCAUGCGUGGUGAGUACGAUGCGUUACUCCGCUGGCCAUUCAGACAGAAGGUAACGUUCAUGCUGCUGGAUCAGAAUAACGUAGAACACGUGAUCGACUCCUUCAGACCUGACCCAAACAGCUCAUCCUUCCAGAGACCAAGAAGAGAAACAAACAUCGCUAGUGGGUGCCCUACAUUCUGUCCCUUGUCGGAGUUAAACGAUCAUGCCUACGUCCGAGACGAUACUUUGUUUCUGAAGGUCAUAGUCGAUACGACGGAUUUAUAA